CUCGCUGGCUAUCUCGUCCGUGGCUCGCGCGCGCUCCCUCUCACCGCCUGUGGGGAAGUCGGGGCCGCCCUAGCGGCCGCCGCCACCGCCUCGCCCCGACCUCCUCCCAGGUUCCCUUCUGGCUCAGUCCCUCCCGCCCGCGCACCCCCGAGUAGUGAGUGACCCCGAGGAGGGUCCGGAGAGUCACCGCGGCAGCGCCGGGGGGUGUUUAAACCAUGUUAAGGAGGAUUUUGCAGAGGACUCCUGGGAGAGUUGGCUCUCAAGGUUCUGAUUUAGAUUCAUCAGCAGCUCCUAUAAACACAGUGGAUGUCAAUAAUGAAAGCUCCUCAGAGGGUUUCAUCUGUCCAUUAUGUAUGAAAAGAUGUGUAACUGCUAUUGAUUUGUCGGAGCAUUACCAGAAAGUGCACGCUGAAAAUGAGACAAGAGGACAGGAACUUCUUAAUGACUCCAGUGUUACUGGUUUCAUAUGUCCCCAGUGUAUGAAAUCUCUUGGAUCUGCUGAUGAACUUUUCAAACACUAUGAGGCAGUUCAUGAUGCUGGUAAUGAUUCAAGUCAGGGAGGAGAAGCACUUGCUCUGAAACGAGAUGACAUAACACUACUCAGACAAGAGGUCCAAGACCUACAGGCUUCACUUAAGGAAGAAAAAUGGUACUCAGAAGAAUUAAAGAAAGAAUUAGAAAAAUUUCAAGGACUGCAGCAGCAAGAGUUGAAACCUGAUGGAGUAGUGGCUGAUUCAUCAGCAGAACUACAGUCUUUGGAACAGCAAUUAGAAGAAGCCCAAACAGAAAAUUUUAAUAUUAAGCAAAUGAAAGACUUAUUUGAACAGAAAGCAGCCCAACUUGCCACUGAAAUUGCAGACAUAAAGUCAAAGUAUGAUGAAGAAAAGAGUCUUCGAGAAGCUGCUGAACAAAAAGUGACACAUCUAACAGAAGAAUUAAACAAAGAAGCAACUAUAAUUCAAGAUCUAAAGACUGAACUGCUUCAGAGACCUGGUAUAGAAGAUGUUGCUGUGCUCAAGAAAGAACUGGUCCAAGUGCAAACUCUAAUGGACAACAUGACCUUGGAACGUGAGAGAGAAUCUGAAAAACUCAAAGAUGAGUGCAAAAAGUUACAAGCAGAAUAUGUUAACUCAGAGGCCACGAUAAGCCAGCUGAGGAGUGAACUUGCCAAAGGCCCCCAGGAAGUUGCUGUAUAUGUGCAGGAAUUACAAAAACUUAAAAGUUCAGUUAAUGAAUUAACACAAAAAAAUCAGAACUUGACUGAAAAGUUGCAGAAGAAAGAACUAGACUAUACUCAGUUAGAGGAGAAACAUAAUGAAGAAUGUGUGAGUAAGAAGAGUAUACAAGCAAGCCUUCACCAAAAAGACCUAGAUUGUCAACAGCUUCAGUCAAGGUUAUCUGCAUCUGAAACUUCACUGCAGAGAAUACAGGCAGAAUUGGGUGAGAAGGGAGAAGCUACUCAAAAGCUCAAAGAAGAAUUAUCAGAAGUGGAGACCAAGCACCAGCAUCUCAAGGCAGAGUUUAAACAGCUACAACAACAGAGAGAAGAGAAGGAGCAGCAUGGGUUACAACUCCAAAGUGAAAUUAAUCAAUUACAUAGCAAACUUCUGGAGACAGAGCGCCAACUAGGGGAAGCUCAUGGUAGACUGAAAGAACAGAGACAGCUUUCAAGUGAAAAGUUGAUGGAUAAAGAACAACAAGUGGCUGAUCUACAACUCAAACUUUCUCGUUUAGAAGAAGAACUGAAGGAAAAAGUAGCAAAUUCCACAGAAUUGCAGCAUCAGUUAGAUAAAACAAAGCAACAGCAUCAAGAACAACAAGCUCUUCAGCAAAGCACUACAUCAAAACUUCGAGAAGCUCAGAAUGAUUUGGAACAAGUACUUCGUCAAAUUGGUGAUAAGGACCAAAAGAUCCAGAACCUUGAAGCCUUAUUACAGAAGAGUAAAGAAAAUAUUUCUUUAUUAGAGAAGGAAAGAGAAGAUCUUUAUGCAAAAAUUCAGGCUGGUGAAGGAGAGACUGCUGUUCUUAAUCAAUUGCAAGAAAAAAACCAUAUAUUACAGGAACAAGUAACUCAACUAACGGAGAAACUGAAGAAUCAGUCAGAAAGCCAUAAACAGGCCCAGGAGAAUUUGCAUGACCAGGUGCAAGAGCAGAAGGCACAUCUCAGAGCUGCCCAAGACCGUGUCCUCUCCCUGGAAGCCAGCAUCAGUGAAUUGAGCAGUCAGUUAAAUGAAAGCAAGGAGAAGGUCUCCCAGCUUGACAUACAGAUUAAAGCCAAAACUGAAUUAUUGCUAUCAGCAGAAGCAGCAAAAACUGCUCAAAGAGCGGAUCUUCAAAAUCAUUUGGACACAGCUCAAAAUGCAUUACAAGAUAAACAGCAGGAGUUAAAUAAAAUCACUACUCAACUGGACCAGGUCACUACAAAGUUGCAGGAUAAACAGGAACAUUGCGGUCAGCUGGAAAGUCAUCUUAAAGAAUAUAAAGAGAAACAUCUCUCUUUAGAACAGAAAACUGAAGAAUUAGAAGGUCAAAUUAAGAAAUUGGAAGCUGAUUCACUUGAAGUUAAAGCAAGCAAGGAGCAGGCUUUGCAGGAUCUACAACAGCAAAGACAACUGAACACAGAUUUAGAGCUUAGAGCUACAGAAUUGAGUAAACAACUUGAAAUGGAGAAAGAAACAGUGUCCAGUACAAAGUUGGAUCUACAGAAGAAAUCCGAAGCACUUGAAAAUAUUAAGCAAAUGCUUACCAAGCAAGAAGAAGAAAAAAAAAUCCUUAAACAAGAAAUAGAAAAUUUAAGUCAAAAUGCAAAAAUGCAGCAGAAAGAAUUGAAUAACAAAAUUCAAGCAGCAGUGACAGAACUACAAAAAGUAAAGAUGGAGAAAGAAACUCUAGUAACGGAGCUUUCUGCAGCAAAAGAGAAAUUAUCAAAAGUUUCUGAUUCUUUGAAGAACUCCAAAAGUGAAUUUGAAAAGGAAAGUCAGAAAGGAAAAGCUGCUAUAUUAGAUCUGGAGAAAACCUGCAAAGAUUUAAAGCAUCAACUUCAAGUACAGAUAGAAAGCGCACAUAAGGAACAGAAUGAACUGAAAAACUCACUUGAAAAAGAGAAGGAGACUUCUCAUCAGUUGAAAUUGGAGCUCAAUUCAAUGCAGGGACAACUAACGCAGGCCCAGAACAGUUUAAAACAAAAGGAAAAAGAAGAACAACAACUUCAGAGUAACAUAAAUGAGUUAAAGCAACUGACUGAACAGAAGAAAAAGCAAAUUGAAGCACUCCAAGGAGAGGUUAAAAUUGCUGUUUCACAGAAGACAGAACUUGAGAAUAAACUACAGCAGCAGUCAACACAAGCAGCACAGGAACUUGCAGCAGAGAAAGAGAAAAUAUCAGUGUUACAAAAUGCCUAUGAAAAAAAUCAAGAAAAUCUAAAGCAGCUUCAGUCUGAUUUCUAUGGGAAGGAAUCUGAACUUCUUGCCACAAGGCAAGAUCUCAAGUCUGUAGAAGAGAAGCUUUCUCUAGCACAGGAGGACUUGAUUUCAAACAGGAAUCAAAUUGGAAACCAAAAUAAAUUGAUUCAAGAACUGAAGACUGCCAGGACUACUUUGGAGCAAGAUUCAGCCAAGAAAGAAGAGCAGUUGAAGGAGCAGUGUAAAGCACUACAAGAUGUUCAGAAAGAAAAGUCACUGAAAGAAAAAGAACUAGUAAAUGAAAAAUCUAAAUUGGCAGAGAUUGAGGAAAUUAAAUGUAGACAAGAAAAAGAAAUUGCUAAAUUGAGUGAAGAACUCAAGUCUCACAAGCAAGAAAGCAUAAAGGAGGUAACAAAUCUCAAGGAUGCCAGACAGCUUCUGAUUCAACAGAAAUUAGAGCUUCAAGGGAAAGUAGAUUCCCUGAAGGCAACCCUUGAACAAGAGAAGAAAAACCAGCAAAUGUUAAAAGAGCAGAUGAAAAAGGAAGAAGAUGAGCUGAAGAAAGAAUUUAUGGAGAAGGAAACUAAACUGCAUUGUGAAAUAAAAGAAAAAGCAGCAGCAGUGCAGAAGCAUGAGGAAAACGAGGCAAAACGUACCAUGCAGAUGACCGCAUUAAACGAAAACCUGGGCACGGUCAAGAAGGAGUGGCAGUCCAGCCAGCGGCGCGUCAGUGAGCUCGAGAAGCAGACGGACGACUUACGGGGAGAAAUCGCAGUGCUGGAAGCCACCGUUCAGAAUAAUCAAGAUGAAAGAAGGGCACUACUAGAAAGGUGUCUUAAAGGAGAAGGUGAAAUAGAAAAGCUUCAAACCAAAGUACUAGAGUUGCAAAGAAAGCUGGAUAAUACAACUGCAGCAGUGCAGGAGCUGGGCAGAGAGAAUCAGUCCCUUCAGAUCAAGCAUACACAAGCACUGAACAGAAAGUGGGCCGAAGACAAUGAAGUGCAGAACUGCAUGGCCUGUGGGAAAGGCUUCUCAGUCACAGUGCGACGGCAUCACUGCAGACAAUGUGGAAAUAUCUUCUGUGCUGAGUGUUCAGCCAAAAAUGCCUUAACUCCUUCUUCUAAGAAGCCUGUUCGUGUCUGUGAUGCAUGUUUCAAUGACUUGCAAGGAUAAUGGGUUGUCACAACGUCAGAGUAAACAUUAGGUUUUUAAUAAAUGCACUUCACAGAGGUCUUGGACUACUACUCUUUGAUUUGGACAGUGGUUGCAAUACUAAACCAAAUUAGAAUUCGUAUAUUUUGGAAUGUUAUCAAGUAAAACUCUUCUAUUUUUGUGAGACUUGACUUGGGCUCAUCUUUCAUUACUUUUUUCCAUUUCACCCUGGAACAGGUUACAUGCCAAGUUUAGAAUUAGCCAAUGAAAUGUAAAUAAACUUUGGAUGGAGAAUAGCAAUGUAUUUUUUUAAAUAUAAUUUCAUUAUUCACAAAUGACACGAAUACAUGUCCAUAGCUUACUUCUCCCAAAUUUAGUGUACAGAAAGGUACAUGGGUGAUGUUACCAUAUCAUAUAUGCUGCACAGUGACACAUUUUCUUCGUGAAGUCUUGCAUAGAACUAUAAAGCUUUCUUUUUUCUUAGAUAUAGGUCCACAGCUCAGUGACAUUACUGUUAUAUUAUAAAUUUACUGCUCAAGUGUUCUACAUAUACAGAUUAUGUUGAAAUAGGCAUCAACCAUGAAUUUAAACAUGGUUUUAACAAUACUGAUUCAAUUCCUUUGGGUGGACUUUACAUCACCUCUGUAAAAUUAUUUUAUGGUUAUCCUUGGGUUGACUGUUUGAAAGGUUAGAGUUAACUUUUCCUUUUCUAUCUCAUUUUUAAACUCCCACAUAUUCUUCACUAAGAAUCCUACAAAACUUCCUACCCUUAUCCCCACUUGGAAGGUGAAUAACAGAAGUUGUAUAAUGGUCUCUUUCUCUGUUUAAGAGGGAAGUCUUCUGAGAUUACCCUCAAUUAUACCCUCAUUCUCUCUCCAGAAUCUGAAUUUGCUUUUUUAAUGGAUCUUUUUUCAAGGUAAUUUUGUUUAACUUUCUCAAGUAUAGCUCAGUUUCACUGUAAUUGCUUUUAUAAUUUUGCAUUUUAAAGCUAGUAACUGAUACUGCUAUAGUUUCAUCUGUAAAAACAAAUACAAGGAGACAUUAAACACACUGCUUUAUAUUUUCUUCUUACCUAAAAGGGAAGAAUUUUUUAAAGUUGUGAAUGUGACUUAAAUAUUAAAAGGUUCUGAAUUUGAGAUUUCCUAACUGUAAAUCUGUUUACUUUGCAAAAAUAAUGCUAUGAAAUUACAGUUGGGUAAUAGAGUAUCACCAAAACCAAAUUAUUUAGAAACUCCAAAAUUGGCACACAUCUGGGGAAAAGUCACAAUACUGCUUUCUCUUUCUAGAGAAGAGAUACAAAGUUACAUACUUAUUCAGUACAAUCAUUUGUUAAUAGUGGGAAAAGAUGGGAGCUAAUAUUUCAUUUACAGUAGUUUACUGUGUACACUUGCUUUCAAAUAUCAUGCUGAAAUUAUCAUGUUUAUGCUCUACCUAUAACAUACACAAACUAAAAAAGAUUGCCAUAUAUUCACUUAAUAACUUAAAAAAACUGUUUAAGGAAACUCUGUUUAGCUACUAAAAACCCUGAUUGAGUCCCUGGACUUCGAUAAACAUAUAUCUUUGAGCAUUACAGAAUGAACACAUACAAUGGAUCUUUAUUAAAAGUAAUAGCUGGAGAAUAAAAAUUGAGCUAAAUUUAUGCAUUUUCAUAUAUACUUAUAAAUUCCUUCGAAUUGUCUUAAUUGUACACUUCUACAUAUAAGUAACUUAAGUAUGGUGGAAAAACAGAUGUUCACAGCACCAUUUUUUUUUUUUCCAUAAUGAAACUUCAGGAGAACUCUUCUGGAUUAGAAUAUUUAUUCACUUCAUCUCCUAAUGGGAUGUAGUGAAGGCCUUUUCCCUAUCUUGUCCCCUGCCUACAUUUUCAUAAAAAAAUCCUGGGGAGUCAACAAAACCUAAUGUGUUCGAGUGAUUCUCUGCUUUUUAUCCAGCUAAGCUCAUGUCAAUGGCCCCCAUCAGGCUGCUAUAUUUUAAUUAGAAAUGAAAUCUAUUAUUUUGCUAUUAAUUCACCAAUUCAAGGCAUUGUGGAAACAAAAAGGGUUUUUUUUUUUAAUUAAAAAGUCAUCUUCUGAAUGUUUAUUGGUUCUGCUGGUACUAUCUGUCAGUGGUUUAGAGUUGGCAUGUAUGGAGUCUCAGCUCUAAAGCAAAGCACACUGGCAUCCCAUGUGAGUAAAUUCUAAACUCCAGCACAGAAAUGUGGGUUAAAAUCAAGUCUUGCUAGGUUAGGGUACAAUAAGCUAUACCUGCAGAAAUUUUGGGCAGAAAGAAUACAAAGCUGCUGGUAUAGGAUUUGUUUAUUUUGGAGAAAAAUGAGGGAAACAAACAGAAAAACCUCAAUGCAGUGCAUAAUUUUGUUCAACUACCUCUUAAUGCGGAAUUAGCUAGUUUGUUUCCUCACAGUAAUGUUAAAUAGUAACUGCCAAAUUUGUUAAUUCCCCAUCUCUUGAAAAGGCUUUAUGAUUAUUUUAUAGUUUUGGUAACUUUAAACCACUCUUUUUUUUAACCAUGCAUUUGCUUAAAAAUGUUUAGCUUUUAAGUGGAGAGCAAAUUAUGAUCAUAUAUUUUGAUAGUCAUGAUUAUAACAGUUUUUUUUUAUGCACUUUGGCUGAAAUCAUGGAUGAUUUGAUCUGUAAGAUUUAAAUGUGCCAUCAAUUCCGUAUUCUUAGACAUGAGCUUGAUGAAUGGUAUUUUGUAAUUAUAUAAUGUGCCACACAUUAUUGUUUUAAUUGCCCUUUGCCUGAAUUUUAAUGAUCAAUGUUAUUGUUGCAGAUGUGAAUAUUGUGCAUAAACUUACUAAAUUUAUGUAAAACUGUGUAAAAUAGAAUUGGAAAUAGCUAAGUUCUGUGUGGAAGUAAUGACUUUAUUGUAACAUGACGCAGUAUGUAUAGCACAUUCUGUCCUUCCUGAACUGGACCACAUAGUCAUAGCUUCUGUAGAUACUUUUGCAUGACUAUUUUCUCAUUUAGCUUUUGGACACCUUGUUUGUAUGGUGUUUACUACUUGUGAUCAUGUAGUUGUGCCUUAUUUGUGAGAGAGUUUAGCUCAGUCAAUACUGUGGUUUCUAAACUCAGUGAGUGGAAGGUUAUUGAUUAUAAAUGUAACUGAUACAUUGCAUAACAUUUACAUCUGUAUAAAGAACAAUGGCAGGAUCCUUAUUGAAUUGCUGCUUUUUUUUUUUAGUAUGUUAAAGAUGACAUUAAAUUCACUUCUUUCUAGUAGAUAUA